AAAAUGGAAUAUUUAACAUUUGUAUAUUAUUUUUUCUGUCUUGAAUUCAUGAAUUGACACUGACAGGUGACAGCCGAUUUAAUUCCGACAUUUUGUUUGGUGGUUUGGUGUUGGUGUUUGUUUGGUGUGUCUCGUUUUAAAUAAUAAAUUUUUUCGAGAAUUAGAUUGGUUUUUCAAUAUUUAACCCUGUUAAAAAACAGUGUUUUAUAAAUUUUAAACAUUGCGACGUUUCGUCAUACAAACUAUAUAUUAGAAAAAACAGUGAUUCUACUAAUAUGGAGCUGUCUACAAUUUUACCAGCACCUAUACAGCCUGUUUGGGAUAGAGACGAUGAAAGAAGGAAAAAAGCUGCCUCUAUGAAAACUACAGCAUUGGUAAGCACUCAAAGUAUAGCACCACCUUAUGGUCAGCGAAGGGGUUGGGUACCAAGAAACGUAACCGAUUAUGGAGACGGAGGAGCUUUUCCCGAAAUUCACGUGGCACAGUACCCACUUGACAUGGGUCGUAAGAAAGAUUCUACCUCAAAUGCAUUAGCCGUCCAACUAGGUCCUGACGGGAAAGUAAAAUAUGAUGUUAUUGCCAGGCAAGGCCAUUCUAAAGAUAAAAUCGUAUAUUCAAAGUUAUCCGAUUUGCUACCUGUGGAAGUUGUUGCAGAAAAUGAUCCCAGUUUGGAAAAACCGAACCAGGAAGAACUUGAUGACAUUACAGACCGUACUAGGCAAGCGUUGAUGAGGAUUACCAAUUCUAAAAUAGCAGCAGCGAUGCCGGUGAAAGCAGCAGAGAAGCAAGCACCUGCGGAGUUUAUUCGUUAUACACCCUCGCAACAAGGGGCCGCUUUCAACUCGGGAGCAAAACAGAGGGUUAUAAGAUUAGUCGAGGCUCAGGUAGACCCGAUGGAACCUCCCAGAUUUAAAAUAAAUAAGAAAAUUCCUCGAGGGCCUCCUUCUCCUCCGGCACCAGUACUGCAUAGUCCCACCAGAAGGGUAACUGUUAAGGAACAGAAGGAAUGGAAAAUUCCACCGUGCAUUUCUAAUUGGAAAAAUGCUAAAGGUUAUACUGUUCCUCUGGACAAGAGGCUGGCCGCUGACGGCCGGGGCUUGCAGCAGCUUCACAUCAACGAAAAUUUUGCAAAAUUGGCAGAAGCAUUAUAUAUAGCAGAUAGAAAAGCCAGGGAGGCUGUCGAAACUCGAGCACAAUUGGAGAAAAAACUGGCACAAAAAGAAAAGGAACAGAAAGAAGAACACCUGCGUCAGCUGGCUCAGAAAGCCCGUGACGAAAGAGCGGGUAUUAAAGUAGCAACGGGACAUUCCAAACCCGUCGAUGACGAGGAGCAGGAAAGAGAUGCUCUCCGGCAGGACAGGCAUAAAGAGAGGGCCAGAGACAGGAAUCUCGCUAGAGCAGCCCCCGACAAAAGGAGUAAAUUGCAGAGAGAACGAGAAAGAGAUAUUUCCGAACAAAUCGCGUUAGGCAUGCCCGCAAGAGGCAUCUCCUCGAAUGAAACGCAGUUCGAUCAGCGUCUGUUUGGGCAGGCGCAAGGUUUGGGCCAGGGAUAUGGGGACGACGAGGCUUACAAUGUAUACGACAAACCGUGGAGAGAAGGCGGUUCGAUGGCCAAUCAUUUGUACAGGCCUAGUCGGAAUAUCGACAAAGAUAUAUAUGGUGGAGAAGACCUAGAGAAGGUUAUCAAGACUAAUAGAUUUGUUCCUGAUAAAGAAUUCGGUGGGACGGAUCGCUCGGGAGCAGGACGGUCAGGUCCCGUACAGUUUGAGAAGGAGGAGGAUCCGUUCGGUCUGGAUCAGUUCUUGUCGCAGGCUAAGAAGGCCAGUAAGCGGAAGGAACCCGAGAAAAGGGAUGAUCGUGACAAAAAGAAACGAAGAGAUUAGAUUUUGCACGUCGAGAGAAGAGUAUAAUUCUUAUGUAAAUAUUUAUUAUACGUUUCAUUUUUUAUAAUGGCACAAUAAUGGAAAUAAUUUAGAAUGAA